AUGGCCGACGCCACCACAACCGCCGCGGCCUCUGCCGGCCCCGGCGCCAAGAAGCAAAUGAUCCUCAAUGCGUUUGUCAUGAACACCCCGGGCCACCAGGCUGCCGGUCUGUGGCACCACCCGACCAACCGCACCGACGAGUACAACACGCUGGGCUUCUGGACCGACCUGGCCAAGCUGCUCGACGACGCCGGCUUCCACGCCAUCUUCAUUGCCGACACGCUGGGCGCCUACGACGUCUACCGCGGGCCGGGCAACUUUGUGCCCGCGCUCGCGUCCGGCGCCCAGUUCCCCGUCAGCGACCCGCUGUACCUCGUGCCCGCGCUGGCCGCCGUUACCAAGCACCUGGUCAUUGGCGUCACGGCGAGCGUCACGUAUGAGCAGCCGUACGCGCUGGCGCGCCGCCUGUCGACGGUCGACCACUACGCCAACGGCCGCUUUGCGUGGAACAUUGUCACCAGCUACCUGGACAGCGCGGCCAAGAACCACGGGCUCGACGAGCAGAUCCCCCACGACGAGCGCUACGCGCGCGCCCACGAGUACCUCGAGGUGCUCUACAAGCUGUGGGAGGGCAGCUUCCGCGCGGACGCCGUGCUGGCCGACCGGGCGACGGGCGUCUACAUUGCCGACGACGCCGUGCAGAACAUUGCGCACGAGGGCACGUACUUUCGCGUGCCGGGGCCGCACUUUGUGGCGCCGUCGCCGCAGCGAACGCCCUUUUUGUUCCAGGCCGGCACGUCCGCCGCCGGCAACGGCUUUGGCGGCAAGCACGGCGAGGCCAUCUUCAUCAGCGCCCAGACGCCGCAGCUGCUGCGCCAGACGUCGGACAACAUCCGCGCCGUGGCGGCCAAGGAGGGCCGCCACCCGGACCACAUCAAGGUCAUUGCCGGCGUGCACCUUAUUGUGGGCAAGGACGACGCCGACGCCGCCGCCAAGGAGAAGGAGUUUCGGGCGUACUCCAACACCGAGGGCGCGCUGGCGCUGUUUGGCGGCUGGACCGGCGUCGACCUCAGCACGUACGACGACGACCAGGACUUCCGGCUCGCCGGCGACAACCCGCGCAUCCAGUCGCUGAUUGCGCGGUGGUCGGCCACCGUGCCCGGCACCGACAACCAGCCGUGGACGAAGCGGGCCAUUGUCGAGUUCCUGACGGUCGGCGGCCUCGGCAUCAAGUUUGUCGGCGGGCCGCAGACCGUGGCCGAUGCGCUCGAGCACUGGCUCGACGAGGGCGGCAUCGACGGGUUCAACCUGGCGCACGUCACGAACCCGGGCUCGUUUGAAGACAUCAUCGCCUACCUGCUGCCCGAACUGAGAAAACGGGGUCGGUUCCGCGGCGUCGACGACCCGGUGCCGGGCACGUCGGCCCGCGAGGUGUUCUUGGGCAACACCGAGCACACGUCGCCCGUGUCGCCGGCACACCUGCCGCCGGACCACCCCGGCAGCAAGUACACGUGGCACAAAGGACAGCCCGCUCCCAAGUUGAAUGAGAUUAAGCCGUAG